AUGAAGUGCAUCGCAGUUGUAGUCAUCAUGGCUCUGGCCGUCACCGUGGAUUCCGCCGUAGUUCCGCUGGUCUACUCAGCUCCCGGAACGACGUACGUACAGCAGAAUGUUGCUCCGAAAUACGUCUCGGGGGCCGUUACCUAUUCUGCCCCGGCAGUUACCGCUUACUCCGCGCCCGAAGCGACCAUCGUUCAGCAAAAGUACAUCUCGGCGCCGGCCGUGGCCUACGCUGCGCCAACUGUCACUGCUUACUCAGUCCAGCAACACGUGGCGCCCAAAUAUGUCAGCCCGAUCGUCAGUUACUCCUCGGCUCCCGUUGUAAGCACCUACUCCGUUCCCGAACAGACCGUCGUCCAGCAGAACGUCGCCCCGAAAUACAUCAGCUACUCCGCCCCGGCCGUCAGCUACUCGGCUCCCGUAUCCUACGUCUCACCAGCCGUCUCUUACGCUGCUCCGGCCGUUGCCUACUCUGCCCCGGUGGCGUACUCGGCCCCGACUGUCUACGCCUCGGAUUCGGAUGUCGUUGAAGCUUCUCCGGUCGCUCCGGUGGCCUCCGUCGAAACCGUUGUCUCACAGCCCGCUGUGGCCGUCGUUGCUCAGCAGGAAGCGCGUUACGUGGCCGCCAACCGAGGUGCCGUUCAUGAGGCUCCCCUCGCUGGACACACCAUCAACCAGCAGUCUCUGAAUGUGGAACCGGCACCAGGAUGCAUCGCAGCUGUAGUCAUGAUGGCGCUGGCCGUGAUCGCCGAAGCUGGACUGGCCCCGCUGUACUACGGAGCUCCGUUAGCCUUGGCCGCUCCGCACACGACCAUUGUGCAGAAUAACGCCGAGCCGAAGCUCAUUGUCGCUCCUCCGGCACUGAGUUAUGCUCAUGCUGCGCUGCCCUAUGCUGCCCCUUACUACUACGGGGCUCCGCUGGCAUACAGCGCCCCGGCUCUAUUCUACCAGAAGGAAGCUCGCUAUCUGGCCGCCAAUCGAGGAGCGAUCCACGAGGCACCCCUGCCAGGUCACGCUUUCUCCCAGCAGCAGCUCAACCUGGACGCUGCACCAGGUUCGAUCUAA